UUUUGGACAAAUCUUUACAUUUUUUUCCCAUGAACUGACUUAAGAAAAGAUCAUGUCUGUUUAUAUUAAAAAAACUUAAAUUGAAAAUAUAUUCUUAAAAAUAUAUAAUAAUUAAUAUUCUUAAAAAAUCGACAGUAAACACAUAUUUCAGGCAGAAAUGUGCGAGAAGGCAAUGCCUAUAAUUUUAAAUCGGCCCGUUUGAAAUACCCGCGGAACUAUCCAAAUAUUCUAUUCUUCAAGACGUGUUUGUGGACGUGUUCAAGACCACGUUCAAGACAAACAUAAAGAUGUUGAGAUGGAUAAAAAAAAUACAGUUAUUUAAGAAAGCACGGUGUUUCUAGGGCAAGAUCACGCAAGAUGUUCGAUAUCAUUUAGGUCGAUUCAGUUCGCAGAGAAAAUUAAGUGAUAUGCCUAUGGUUUUUAAAUUAUUAAUUUAAAAUGAAUUUUAUACAAAUAAUUUUUUGUUUAUUAACUAUUGGUAUAAUCGCAUUCGGAAGUUUAAUAAAUUAUUUUGAAAGUAAACUACCGCACUUUUUGAAUCAAACUUUUCGAUACGGAAAAUUCUCCGCUAAAGGAAAAAAAUCCAAAUUAGUGACUGAAGUUCCAAAGGCCUGGUUUAAACAUUUCUAUCUAUUUGCAGUUUUAAUAUACACUUAUGUAUUGAUUCUAGUAACAACAGUUUACAUUUUUAACUGGAACGUCCCAAAUUAUGUUUCUAGUGCUCUAGAUCAAAUUUGUGGAUCAUCCAGAUAUGCCUAUACAUCCAAAAAUAAAGUAUUUAUAGCGGUUUUGUUAAUGGCGCUGCAAGUAUAUAGAAGAUUUUACGAUACACACUUUAUAUCGGUUUUUGGGACUGAUAGCAAAAUAAAUUUGUCACACUAUUUUGCAGGACACAUUCACUAUCCAGGAACUGCACUUGCUAUACUGUGUGAAGCUCCUAUAUUUACUGAAGCACCAGAUGAAGUUACAAAUGAAGCUCUUCAGUUAUUCAAUCUCUCAUAUUCAGAAUUAUUCUCGAUUGUAUUGUUUUUAUAUGCUUGGUGGCAUCAGCAUAUCUGUACAAAACUAUUAGCAGCUUUAAGAAAAAAUAAGAAAGGAAAUGUAGUAACUAACGAAUACAAAUUACCUGAAGGAGACUGGUUUAACUAUUUAUCAGCACCUCAUCAGACUGCAGAAAUAUUAAUGUAUGCAUGUCUGAUGUGGUUGUUAUGGCACAACAUUACAUGGUUCUAUAUUUUUACGUGGGUUUUAUCAAAUCAGAUUGAGACAAUACUGCUUAGUCAUUGGUGGUAUCAAGAAAAGUUCAAAAACUUUCCCAAAAACAGAAAAGCUAUAAUACCAUUUAUAUAUUAGUUUGAAUAAUAUAACAAUUUAUUAAGCUCAAAGCUUACAUUUUUCACAGACUGAUUUUAGAUUCUAUAUUUCUUUAAUAUUUUAAAGUAAAUGUUACACUAUUAAAGAACACAAAGUUACAUUUAUUAAAUAUAUCACAUUAUGUAUGUUAAAACAGAUAAGAUUUUCUAAAAUUUGUAACUAAAUGCAUCCAUUCAAUAAAUAAAAAUUGAACUAAAAA